CGGCCGCGGGAGCGAGCGCGCGGCGGAGGAGGGCGCCGGAGGCCGCGGAGUAGCGGCCGACGCCAUAUUAAGGAGCGCGGAGCCCGGGAUCCCGUCAGCUGCGGCCGCGGCCGGACGCAGCGGAGCUGCGCGCAGCGCAGGUGGGCGCGUCGCGGCGCCGGGAGAGGCGGGGCCGGUGGAGCCAGAGGGCGAACGGGAGCGAGCCAGGCCAUCCAGGGCCGCUGAGCACGGCUGGCGGGCCGUGCCUGCCCGCCUCACCAUGGACCAGGACUAUGAGCGGCGCCUCCUGCGGCAGAUCGUCAUCCAGAACGAGAACACGAUGCCGUGCGUGGCAGAGAUGCGGCGAACCCUGACCCCUGCCAACUCCCCCGUGUCCUCCCCCAGCAAGCACGGAGACCGCUUCAUCCCCUCACGAGCUGGUGCCAACUGGAGCGUGAAUUUCCACAGGAUCAACGAAAAUGAGAAGUCCCCCAGCCAGAACCGGAAAGCCAAGGACGCCACCUCGGACAAUGGCAAAGAUGGCCUGGCCUACUCUGCACUGCUCAAGAAUGAGCUGCUGGGCGCUGGCAUUGAGAAGGUUCAGGACCCACAGACAGAGGACCGCCGGCUGCAGCCCUCCACGCCUGAGAGGAAGGGUCUCUUCACGGGGCUCAGGGCACCAGGGCUUUGGGGCACAGCAUCCGCUCAGAGGUAUCCCCCCCUGCAGUACUCCCUCAGCACCAAGCGCUCCAGCCCUGAUGAUGGCAACGACGUGUCCCCAUACUCCCUGUCCCCCGUCAGCAAUAAGAGUCAGAAGUUAUUGCGAUCUCCACGGAAACCCACGCGCAAGAUCUCCAAGAUCCCCUUCAAGGUCCUGGAUGCUCCCGAGCUACAGGAUGACUUCUACCUGAACCUGGUGGACUGGUCCUCCCUCAACGUGCUCAGUGUGGGGCUGGGGACCUGUGUGUACCUGUGGAGUGCCUGCACCAGCCAGGUGACCCGGCUCUGUGACCUCUCUGUGGAAGGGGACUCAGUGACCUCCGUGGGCUGGUCUGAAAGGGGGAACCUGGUGGCUGUCGGCACACACAAGGGUUUCGUGCAGAUCUGGGACGCCGCUGCGGGGAAGAAGCUGUCCAUGCUGGAAGGCCACACGGCGCGCGUCGGGGCACUGGCCUGGAACGCCGACCAGCUCUCAUCCGGGAGCCGGGACCGCAUGAUCCUGCAGAGGGACAUCCGCACGCCCCCCCUGCAGUCAGAGCGGCGGCUGCAGGGCCACCGGCAAGAGGUGUGCGGGCUCAAGUGGUCCACCGACCACCAGCUCCUCGCCUCGGGGGGCAACGACAACAAGCUGCUGGUAUGGAACCACUCGAGCCUGAGCCCCGUGCAGCAGUACACAGAGCACCUGGCCGCUGUCAAGGCUAUCGCCUGGUCCCCCCACCAGCAUGGGCUGCUGGCGUCCGGUGGCGGCACAGCUGACCGCUGCAUCCGCUUCUGGAACACGCUCACGGGGCAGCCGCUGCAGUGCAUUGACACUGGCUCCCAGGUGUGCAACCUAGCCUGGUCCAAGCACGCCAACGAGCUGGUGAGCACACACGGCUACUCACAGAACCAGAUCCUGGUCUGGAAGUAUCCCUCUCUGACCCAGGUGGCCAAGCUGACCGGGCACUCCUAUCGGGUCCUGUACCUGGCCAUGUCCCCUGACGGAGAGGCCAUCGUCACCGGUGCUGGAGACGAGACACUGAGGUUCUGGAAUGUCUUUAGCAAAACCCGUUCAACAAAGGUAAAGUGGGAGUCUGUGUCCGUCCUCAACCUCUUCACUAGGAUCCGGUAAACCCACAGCUACCGGCCGUUCUGGUCGCAGAGCAACACCUUGUCAGCGUGCAUGGACUCUCUGCUCCCCCCAACAUGGGCCCAAGAUUGGCAGCAGGGUGGGGCGGGAGCCGGGCCUGGAGAGACCCUGAAGAUUCCAUUAAAGCCUGAUUGCGAA